AAAAGCCCGGCAAGUGUCGCACCAAGCGAAUAAUAAUUGUACUAAAUACUAAUGACAUUUUCAAACUUUCCAAGCCGUCAACCGUUCAACCGCCAUUCUGAGGCUCUAGCAACAAGACAAGCCUAAACGUGAUUGUUCUUGUGUAAAAUAAAUAAAAAUAUUGUCCUUAAAAAAAGUUUUAUAAAAUAAUAUAGGUAAUAAUACAAUAACAAAAGUCACUGUGAAACAAUUAAUGUGUCUACGUUAGUGUAGAAUAAUUUUGUGUGAUAAAAUGGCAGAAGGACAUUCAUCAUCAUCAUCAACAUCAUCAUUAUCAUCAUCAUCUCGUAAAAAGGAUAAAAAUCAGCAUAUACAAGUUUUUGUACGAGUCAGACCAACAAAUCAUGCUGAAAGCGUGGGUAAAUCACCAACAGUUGUGGAAGUUGCUUCUUCCAAGGAUGUCAUUAUCAGAGAAAGACCACAAGAUAAAUUGACUAAAAAAUUUACAUUUGACAGAGUAUUUGGACCUUCAUCAAAACAGGUUGAUGUUUAUACUGCAGUUGUUAGUCCACUUCUUGAUGAAGUACUUGCUGGUUAUAAUUGUACAGUAUUUGCAUAUGGUCAAACUGGUACUGGUAAAACAUUUACAAUGGAAGGAAUUGAUAAUGAUCCAUCAGUACAUUGGAAAAGUGAUUCAUGUGCUGGUAUAAUACCACGUGCCCUGAGUCAUUUAUUUGAUGAAUUAAGAAUGUUGGAAAAUCAAGAGUAUACAGUACGUGUUAGUUUUCUUGAACUUUAUAAUGAAGAAUUAUUUGAUUUAUUAUCACCAAUUGAUGAACCACAAACAUCUAAAAUACGUAUAUAUGAAGAUGCAUCAAGAAAAGGAGCAAUAAUAAUACAUGGUCUUGAAGAAGUUACUGUACAUAAUAAAAAUGAAGUAUAUAAAAUAUUAGAAAAAGGAUCUGAACGUAGAAAAACAUCAGCAACAUUAAUGAAUGCACAAUCAUCAAGAUCACAUACUGUAUUUUCAAUAACAAUACAUAUUAAAGAAAAUACUGUUGAAGGUGAAGAUUUAGUUAAAAUUGGUAAAUUACAUUUAGUUGAUUUAGCUGGUAGUGAAAAUGUUGGUAGAUCUGGUGCUGUUAAACGUCGUGCAAUGGAAGCUGGUAAUAUUAAUCAAUCAUUAUUAACACUUGGUAGAGUUAUAACAGCACUUGUUGAACGUGCACCACAUAUACCAUAUCGUGAAUCAAAAUUAACAAGAUUAUUACAAGAAUCACUUGGUGGUAGAACUAAAACAUCAAUUAUUGCAACAGUAUCACCAGCUGGUAUUAAUUUAGAAGAAACAUUAUCAACAUUAGAUUAUGCACAUAGAGCUAAAAAUAUAACAAAUAGACCAGAAAUUAAUCAAAAAUUAUCAAAACGUGCAUUAUUAAAAGAAUACACUGAAGAAAUUGAAAGAUUAAGAAGAGAUUUACAAGCAACACGUGAAAGAAAUGGUGUUUAUCUUGCACAUGAUAAUUAUAAUGAUAUGCAAACAACAAUUGAAUCACAAGGUAAAGAAAUUGAAGAAAAAAUUAAUCAUAUUAAAGCACUUGAAGAAACAAUGUUAACUAAAGAGGGCAUUUUAAAUGAUUUAAAAACUAAUCUUGAUAAUACAAAACAAAUUGUUGAAAUAACUAAACAACAUGCACAAGAACAAAAACAUCUUGUUAAUAUUCAUCUUGAAAAUGAAAAAAAACUAACAACACAAGCAAAUAUAUUAUUAAAUGUUGCCAAUGAUGCAUCAUCUGAUGUUACUAAAUUACAUGAAAAAAUUGAAAGAAAAACACAAAUUGAACAAGAAAAUUAUUAUGUUGGUGAAAAAUUUCGUAAUAACAUUGCACAACAAUUUGAUAAUAUACAAAAAGAUUUAACAACACAUACACUAAAUAUAUCAGAUUUUUGUUCAACAUCAAAAGAUCAAUUAAUACAUUUGGCACGUAUUAAUUCACAAGAAAUUGAAAAAUCCAUUCAAACUAUAUCAAAUGAUUUACUUGAUAAUCAUUCAAAAGAAAAUAAUAAAUUAAUAAAUAAUGUCAAUUGUUGUAAUGAUAAAUAUCAAAAAUGGCUAGAUGAUAAUAUUGAAAAAACCCAUAAUUUAACACAACAAGAAAUAGCAUUGUUAAAUAAAUUUAUUGGAGAUUUUUCACCAAAAAUAGCAACACUCGUUGAGACAAAUGUUGUUGAUAAUUUAAAAAAAAUAAAUAUUGAAUUUUCCGAUAAAAUGAAUAAUCUCGUACAAGCUAUUAAUACAAAAAUUAAUGAAUUUACAAAUAAAUUUUUAGCUGAUCGUAAUUAUUUGGAAGAUAAAAUAGCAACAAUAUCAAAAGACAUUGAAAAUAGCAUUUCAACUAGAGAAAAUAUUAUUUGUAAAGAAAAUGAUUUACUUAAAAAAUUUGAAUUAUUUACAGCUGAAUAUAAAAAUUUACAUGAUGAAAAAUUAAAAAUUGAUAAAAGCCAAAUAAAAACAUUAAAAAGUAAUAUUAAAUUAUGUAACAAUGUUAAUAAUAAUAUUGAAAAAAUGUAUAAUGAUCAAAUUGGUAUUAAAAAAUUCAUUGAUGACAGUGUAUCACCAACUGUUGAAAAAAUUAAUCAAGAUUUAUCCAUGAAUCUUGAAUCAAAUUGGAAAAUAAAUGAAGAUUCAAUUGAACGCAGUAAAAUAAUAACUGAAAAAAUGAAAAAUCAACUUGAUAAUAAUUGUGAUGAAUUAAAUAAAUUCAAUAAUACAACAAAAUUGGAUACAGAUAAAUUUAAACAACAAAUUGAAAUAGAUAAAUCACAAAUAUUACAAUUAACCAACAGUAUAAAUCAAAUUGUCACAACAACAAGUAAAAAUAAUGAACAACAAAUGGAUAAACAUAUGAGAAAAAUUGAAAAAACAGCUAGUGAUUUGAGUCGUAAAAUUCAUGAUAAAUCAACUGAAACAAAUGAAGUUAUAAAUAAUAUAUCAACAAAAUUAACAACAACAAAACAUCAAGUUGAUAAAUUUAUCAUUGAAGAUUUACGUAAAGAUCAACCAACUGGUUCAACACCAAUUAAAAAAGAUUUUAAAUAUCCAAAUCAGCUAGUAUCAACAUCACCACAUGAAAGAAUUAUUCGUCGUUUUCGACAAAAUUCACCAUUAAAUGAAACAACACUUGAUAUUGAUAUGGAUUCAACAUUAACAUAUUGUGGUGGUGGUGAUGAUGAUAAUAAUACACUUGUUGGAGCAUCAUCAACACCAUACAAUACAAGAAGUUUGUAUCCUUCAUCAUGUGACAUAUCAUCAUUGAAAGAUAAUAAAACCAAUACAUCAGUAUUGAUACGUGCAGCAUCAACAUCUGAUUUAUUAUCAACAUCAUCAUCAUCAUUUAUUGAUUCAAAUAAUACAAUUGUACGUAGUGCAUCUGAUAUAACAACAAAACGUGAUAACAAAGAAAAUGGCCAUAAUAAUGAUGAUGAUUUUAUAAAACCAGAUUUAAAAAUUAACAAAAAUGUAACAUCUAGAUUGAGACAUCCUCGAAAAAUAUUAGCAUCACACAAUGAUUAAUAAUUAAUGAUUUCAUGUUUAAUUUUAAAUAUGUUUUUUAAUUUUUUUAUAUUUUUAAUUUCAUAACGAUGCACCGUUUUUUCUUUUAAAUAACAAACAGUAUAAUUUGAUACUUCAGUGUUUUCUUAUUUUAUAUAAUAUAUAUUAAUUAUUUUUAUUUAUGUAUUAUUAUUCAAUGUAAUUACAAUAACACUAACACAUACACACACACACACACACACACGCUCAUACAAAAUUUUCAUUGAAUUAUCCGACAAAAUAACGAAAGCAACUUUGUCCUGAGCCAUUUUUUUUUAUUUUUUUU